CAUUCAGCACAGGCACGGCGAGUUGAUCAGCCACGGUGAACGCGGUGUUCGCCACGGCGACCACGUUGUCCGCCACGGCGAGGGCGGCGUCCACCACCGUGAGAUGAUCCGCGGCGGUGUCCGCCACAGCGAGUUGAUCAGCCACGGCGAGGGAGGGGGUUCAUUCAGCACAGGCACGGCGAGUCGAUCAGCAAGUUAGAGUAUGGGCACGCAGACGACUACGGUGACCGCGGUGUUAAUCCCCCACAGCGAGUUGAUCAGCCACGGCGAACGCAGUGUUCGCCACGGCGACCAAGUUGCCCGCCGGGGCGAGGGCCGUUUCCACCACCGCGAGAUGAUCCGCCGCGGCGACGGUGAGUCGAUCAGCACGUUGGAGCAUGGGCCCGCAGACGACUACGUUGGAGCAUGGGCCCGCAGACGAAUGCGAUAGAGGUUUUUUUUAUUAAAGCUCUGAGCUCUGCAGACAUGAUCAUCACUCUACUUCAUCUGUUUGAAAGGAACAAUGAGGCUCCUCCUCCUCUUGACUCUCAUUCGCUUCAGCGUUGUCGUCAUCACAGCUAAGGCAGGACAGAAGAGCGUCACUCUGACAUGUCGAAUUCCAAACAACAACCUCAUAGCUGUUGAGUGGAGCAGAGCUGACCUGGGAGAAAAAUAUGUGCUUUUAUACCGGGACGGGCACUUUGAGCCACGCAACCAGCAUCCAUCUUUUAAGAACCGGGUGGAUCUGCAGGACAGACAGAUGAAGGAUGGAGACGUGUCUUUGAUUCUGAAGGAUGUGACGAUUGAUGACACUGGAACAUACGAGUGCCGUGUCUUCGUGGGAGAAACAAGCCCAUGGAAGUCCAUCAGCAUCAUCUACCUGAGUGUUGUUGCUCCUCCAGGUCAGACAGGAGGAGACACAGAGGAUGGAGGGAAGGAGGCAGGAGGAGAGAAGAGUGGAUCUGUUGGACUCAUCAUUGGUCUUUCAAUCGUUGCUGUGGUUGUUUUUGCUGCUGUGGUUGUUUUAAUCUACAUAACAUAUAAAAAAUGUUGUCAGGACUCAGAUCAUCCUCCCACUGAACCACAGAUUGAAAUGUCUGAGAGAUUUCUGAACUCUCAAUCUCCUGCUGAUGAACACAGAGACAGAAAUGACCCGGAAGCAAACAACAGUCACCAACACUCCACAAGGAUCCCCGAUGUCACUCUGACAUUUGAGAAUGAACUACUUCAUCCUCAGCAAACAGCAGGACUGAUUCCAGAGAGUGACAUCAGAGUGCAGUAGAUAAUGUCUGACAGCAGUCUGAAGAGGAAAUGGAUUCUGUUCUGGUUGUUUUUUGUUUGUUCAUUUUAUCUGCACAAAACUAAGAGAUCCACAGUUAACACCAGCCUCCACAUGAAAUGUUUAGAUUCUCUCAGAGCUGUCUGUUUCUCUAAUAAAA